UAUCCUCCCUGUAAAAACUCAUCCGGUAAUCCAACCUGUUUUCUUUCUUUUUCCAGCUUUCUUUCCUUCGUUGGUCUUCCUUUCCCCCUUACUAUACAUGCAUCUCUUUUCCCAAACUACUGUUUCUUCUUCAGGCCCAAACAAAAAGAAUCCUAAACUUAAAAAAGGGUCCCUCCUAUUCCUCUUCCACCUUCCACCACCUCCUCCUACUCUUGCUCCACCACCGCCACCACCACAACCACCACCAUUUUUAUCCACCAUGGGUAAUUGUUGCCCUAAUCGCACUACCGAAGAACCAGCUGCGAAUGAUAAUCCAUCUGGUGAAAAUGGUGAGAACGAUGUCGCGAACCAAUCGGCUUCCGACAGUACCACCCCACCAAAGCCGUCUUCUUCGGCCAUGUCCGGAGGAGCAGCUCCCUCUGUAGGAGGAGGAACGAAUAAACCUGCAAAACCUGCGCAGAUUGGACCCGUUUUAGGUCGACCAAUGGAAGAUGUUAAGUCGAUUUACACAAUUGGUAAAGAAUUAGGGCGUGGUCAAUUUGGUGUUACGCAUUUAUGUACACAUAAAACUACAGGUGAACAAUUCGCAUGUAAAACCAUUGCGAAAAGAAAAUUGGUUAACAAGGAGGAUAUUGAGGAUGUUAGAAGAGAAGUGCAGAUUAUGCAUCAUCUGACGGGACAACCUAAUAUUGUUGAAUUGAAAGGUGCAUAUGAAGAUAAGCAAUCUGUGCAUUUGGUUAUGGAAUUAUGUGCAGGUGGUGAGCUUUUCGAUCGUAUCAUUGCCAAAGGCCAUUAUACGGAACGUGCAGCUGCUUCUUUAUUAAGAACGAUAGUGCAAAUUGUUCAUACUUGUCAUUCAAUGGGUGUUGUUCAUAGAGAUUUAAAACCAGAGAAUUUCCUUCUUUUAAACAAAGAAGAAAAUGCUCCAUUGAAGGCUACAGAUUUUGGUCUCUCCGUCUUUUUCAAACAAGGCGAAGUUUUCAGAGAUAUUGUGGGUAGUGCAUAUUACAUUGCUCCAGAAGUGUUGAAAAGAAGAUAUGGACCAGAAGUUGAUAUAUGGAGUAUCGGUGUCAUGUUGUAUAUUCUUCUUUGUGGUGUUCCUCCAUUUUGGGCUGAAUCGGAGCAUGGAAUUUUCAACGCAAUUUUGCGUGGACAUAUCGACUUCACAAGUGAUCCAUGGCCUUCAAUUUCACCCAUGGCAAAAGAUUUAGUCAGGAAAAUGCUUAAUUCAGACCCCAAGCAAAGGCUAACAGCAUUCCAAGUUCUAGAUCAUCCAUGGAUCAAAGAAGAUGGAGAAGCACCUGAUACACCACUUGACAAUGCCGUGUUGAGCAGGCUCAAACAGUUCAGAGCCAUGAACAAAUUUAAGAAAGUUGCUCUGAGGGUGAUAGCGGGUUGUUUGUCAGAGGAAGAAAUCAUGGGAUUGAAAGCAAUGUUCAAGAACAUGGAUACAGAUAAUAGUGGUACAAUAACCUUAGAAGAACUAAAACAAGGUCUGUCUAAACAAGGAACAAAACUAUCCGAGUAUGAAGUUAAACAGUUGAUGGAAGCAGCCGACGCAGAUGGUAAUGGAACAAUUGACUAUGAUGAGUUCAUUACAGCAACAAUGCAUUUGAAUAGAAUGGACAGAGAAGAACAUCUUUAUACAGCUUUCCAGUACUUCGAUAAAGAUCAUAGUGGGUACAUUACAACUGAAGAAUUAGAGCAAGCUCUCCGGGAGUUUGGCAUGCAUGAUGGAAGAGAUAUUAAGGAGAUCCUUUCUGAAGUCGAUGGCGAUAAUGAUGGACAAGUUAACUACGACGAGUUUGUGGCAAUGAUGAGAAAAGGAAAUCCAGAAGCCAAUCCAAAGAAGAGGCGCGACGUAGUUAUUUGAUUCAUUCAAGGAUGAUGCUGAAUGAGGAAAACUGAAAGAACUGAGAUUGGUUUCUUGUGUGUUAUCUAUAUGAACCUGGUGGGAAGGGAAACGUGGUCGGAGAAGUUGAUGAAAAAAAGAACGUAUACAAUGUAUUCAUGAAUUUAAGUUCAUUACUUUCUUGAGUACUAUUUGAUCUCUUUGAAGUAAUGAUGAACAUAGGGAUUUGAGAGGGAAUGAGGGGAUAGGGAGAUGAUUGGAGGCGAAAUCAUGUAUGGGGUUUGUCGAGAGCAGGAAACACUGUAAAACCAGGCUGAAGAAGAGAAAGAGGAAAAGAGAAACAAAAAUCUGUCCCGUAUAUAUUAGUGAUUAAGAGCAUCUGUAAUUGUCAAUGUAUUUUCUUCUUCCUUGUGUAGAAAUAUACAUCAGAGCCUUUGUUCUGUUUUCUGCUUUAUGUUAAAGAUUUUAUUUAUGUGUGCUAUAUUAAUAUGUGUGUGUA